AUGGACGGAAAAAUAGGAGCCUUCACGUCCUGGACCUUAGGGAAAUUAUGGAAAUUCUCCACGAUUCUAGCAGCGAACACGAAAACGAUGACAACGAAGAUGGCAAUGACAUUCCAAAUUUUACGCAUCUUUGCCCAAGCAGCCCGCAAUCUCCGAGACGUGUAUGUCCAGGGUCAGGAAAGUAUGUUUGAAGAUGAUGAUGAAGAUUUAGUAAUGUGUGAUAAAAUUGAUAGGAGAAGUGACGUAGAGUGUGAAAAUGACAAAAAUGAAGAAGACUGA